GGUGAAAUUUUGCAAAAUUUGACCUUAUAAAUGAAAAUUAGGUCAAUCUUGCUCUGCGCAUGCAAGUAUCCGGGCGAUUUCCAACAUUUUCCGAUGUUGUACUGCAACCGUUCAAAAGUGGACUAUGUAUCAUCUGUUUCAGCAUGUAUUAGGGCGACAUUAUAGUUAACCAGACCAUAUUUAGAUAUACUUUAGUUUCCUAUUAUAUAACAUUUUCGUUGUGUAUUGUCUUUCGUGUAAAUCUUCUCAAACGGGGCUCUGCCCUGCUGAAGAAUGGAAAAAGAAUUUAAUUCUGAUGACAGUGGCAGGAAUACUCCAAGAGAGGUUGUUCUGACAAGGUCUGAUACACCUGGACCUACACCAGCAUAUAUCUACAGUAGGGACCAGUUGUAUGAGUUUGCUAACAGUAAAACAGCAAAGAAAAGACCAGUUUGUUUGUCUACAGAUUAUGAUAACACCGAGGGUUUAUGGGAUCCAGAGAAAUGGUUUAGAUCUUUCGAUAGUGGUGUUGGUGACAGAUUGUCUCCUCUAAACAUAGGAGAGAAAGAAAAGAAAGCAGAAUAUUUAAACAAAAGAAGACCAUCAGAUCCGAAAGAGAGACUCAAAGAAGAAAAAGAUGGUAUAGUUUUGAGUCCCCAGAGGAGGAGUUUUGGGACAGGAUGUCAUGUGACAGCUCCUGUGAUGACAAGACAAGUUAGUUGUCCUGCAGAUUAUAAGGACGACAACAGAAAUGUCAGACGUAUUGGUAGUGGUAGAAUUCAAAUAGACCGAGAUAGAGGAGAAAGGGAACGUGAACCUCAGCAUGCUCAGAGAGAGCGUGAACCUCAGAGAGAACGUGACUAUAGGGCAAUCCGUGACAGAUUUGAUGACGGAAGAGAUAGGAGAUAUGAUAACAGGGGAGACAAUCGAGGCUACAGAAGGGAGUAUGAUGACAGGAGGGACUUCAGUCGGCAUUUCAGCAGAGACAAUGGUCGUAACAGACACGAUUCUUACCGUCACCGUGAAGAAGAGGAACCAGAAUGGUUCUCAGAGGGGCCCACCAGUCAAAAUGAUCGCAUAGAACUUCAUGGAUUUGAAGGCCCCAGAGAGGUCAAAGAGGAACAUGUGAAGGGCAAGGACGAUGAAGAAGACGAUAACAACAUGGAUACUGGAUUUGAUGAGGAAUAUCAUGAAGAGGCUCAACAGGAUGAAUCAAACAAAAGUUCAGAAGUAAAAGUAGCUGAUGUGAAGGAAAGAAAUGGUAGUCUGGAGACCAAUGAGUCAAGUUCACCUGAGGAAUCAAAUAACUCAGGCAGUCUGCAUGUCCCAUCGCCCCAGGCCACAAACUUGUUUGACUUUAAUGAGUUCUUCAAGAUAGAAAACCUUCCAGGCUUAAAUGAAGGUGGUAGUCCCACUGCUGAAGUACAGACUGGAUUCCAGAGUCGAUUCAGUCGCUGGUUCUCCUCCCAUCAUGGAGGAGGCAGUAUGGGUAACAGCCGGGAGAAUAGUCGUAGAUCAUCAAUCAAUGAAGACUUUGGAUAUCUCAAUGAACUACUAAGUGGAACCAAAAGUCCAAUUGUUCCAUCGCCACCACCUAACACCAUUAAUUCAAUGUACGACAAGUCUGUGUUCAUGACACCAGGCAACAGCACGUUCUCUGACAAACCACAGUGUAUAAGUAUGGACAUGUCUGUCUCACAGAAAAACAUCAUAGCUCCAAUGUUGAACAGUAUAUUCCAGAAUUCUGGAUCAUCACAUCAUAAGCGUAAUGAUAGCAACAGCAGUAAUUACAGUGUACAGGAUGUAGAGGCUCAGCUGAAGGCUUUAUUGUUUGGAAGGAAAGACUCCACUGCCUCUAGUAGUGGUAAUAACAGUCCUGCUGUAUCCUCUCCUAGAAAUGUACCAUACAUCAAGACUGUACAGGAACUGGAAGCUGAUAUGAAGCCAACGACCACACCUGGUGGACAUAACUACCCUCAGCAGCCAAUUCCCCACCCACUGGCAAUGAAUCAUCACAAGAUCGAAAGACAGAACAGAAUGACUCCUCCUGGUGCAAGAAUGACUCCUCCUGGUGUGAGAAUGACUCCUCCUACUGUGAUUCACCAUCACCAACCACACCAGCAACAACAUCAGCAGCAUCAGCAGCCCUCGUCUCAACAAUCUUCCCGACGAUCAAGUGAGGAUGAAGGAGAUUUGACGGCAUUUAAUAAAUUAUUGAGUCUGAUGCAAGCUGGGGCAGCGGCAGCUGUAGAAUCUCCAAAAAUUCCAACUCGACAGGAGACCAGAGUUCCUUCCCCACCACAACAGAUGAUGCAGGCUAGACCUCAGACUCCAAAUAGUCAACAGACUCAAGCUCAAAUUGCACAAAAUGAGUUCUUACAGGCUUUACUUCGUAACAAGGAGCAACAGAAUCUGAUACGACAGCAGGCUCUAAUGAAGAUGAAUUACAUGACAAAACAAUCCACGCCUCUUGCCCAGCCAACACCUCUAGGUCAGCAGACACCAGGUGGCCUACAAACAACCUUGCCCGAAUCAUUGGCAAAUUAUAUCAAACAGAACCCAACCAUCAUUACAAAAUCAGCCUCCCCAACCCCUCCGCCUCAAUCUGUCCUUCAACAGCCACAGGCUCCAACCAUGAUGAACAUCAUACAGAACACAUCCACACCUAGAGCUCCAUCACCGACACCACAACAAGUCAUUCCAAACUUCAUGCCACAGCCAACAUCAUCACCUCGUGUACCUUCACCAAUCAUGUUCAGUCAGCAACCACCAAUGCAUCUCAAUGCGCCAUCACCGAUCCAUCCAUCUCAGUUGACAAGUACAUCACCAAUCAAUGUACCAGCAGUUUCUAUGUCUUCGACUGCUUCAAUAAGGCCACCUGUUAUCCACCGUGGACCAAGUCCACAGGAACUUAUAGCUCAUACACAAGCCAUAAUGCAGACAGCUUUACUUAAAAAACAAUUGGAAGAUCAAAAAGAAAGAUUUAUGAAGAAACAACAAGAAAGGGCCAAGUCACCUAACCCUACAGGAACACCUAUUCCAUCAAAGUCACCAAGUAUGAUGCCAAUGCCCAUGUCUAACAAUCCAGUCAUUGUUAAUAAUCAACCAAAGCCUGCAGUGUCAGUUGCUUUUACGCCAACUUCAGUGAUGCGAAAGAUGCAUUCAGACAAAGCAAGUGAAAAGGACAAACAGAAACCAGAGAUGGGAGAAGGAACACCAGCGCCUCCUCCACCAAUCAGACAAUUAAUACGACCUGAUGGGUCGUUAAAUGACGAAGACCACAACAGUCCAAAUAAUGAAAUUGAUAGACACCUGAACAACAAGUACCAAGAGUCGAGGAAUGGUCCGCAGUCAGAUCAGCAGUUCAACACUCAUGUGCCUCCUCCUGGAUACUCUAUGGGGUCCAGUACAGGAAACCCUGAACAGGGAACAGGUGCAAACAAAAAUUCUCGUCCUGGACCAAACAUGAUGUCUAACAUGAUGCAGGCCAAUGGACCACUUCCACAGAUGAGUGGACCACCACCACUUUUGUCAACACAACUAUCCACUCCUGGUAGACCAAUUGUCAAAGCAGUGAAUGUUAGUACUAGUAGCGUAACAGGUGUAAUGACACCUAACCAGGUACCUAUGAGACAGUUCUCUGUGUCACAGCAACUAAAUACUCCUCUGUCCUCUGCCAGUAUACAACAGAGGGCUAUAAUGGGACAGAACACAUUACAGACGGCAUCACCCAACAUGCCACCUAGACCAAUGAACAUUUCCCCCAAUCCACUCACAAGACCCAUCGUUGGGACGCCGGUGUCGCAGAACUUUUCAAUGGGCAUUCCAAUCACUGGACGUAUGCCUAUUCCACAAGGAGGUGUUAAUAUGAGUCCAAGUCCUCUUGUUCUACAACAGAUGAUGCAGGGAGGUAUAUCACCAGCUACAGCUAGAGUGAAUGCACUGAAUCAGAUAAACCAAAUAAACCACCUGAAUCAGAUGGCUCUACAGGCCCAGCAACAGCAGCAGAGGAUGAUGGACCCUAGACUUCAAGGUAUUCGUGGAAUCUAUCCACCUUCUACAAUGAGUCCACGGACCUCUUUGCAGUCGGCGGGACUUAAUAUACCCAACUCAAUGGGAGUCAACGUUGCCAUGAGCCGUGCUUUGUCACCACAUGCACUAUCUCAGAAACAAUCAAUGGGUAGCCCUGUUUCUCCAGGAUUGUAUAACGGGAAUAACAACCUAACAAAACCAGGAGAACCCAAUCUGUUCAAGUGGUUUGGUAAUGAUGUGCUGAAAGGACAGAUACCCAACAUGCCACCCCUUCCUCAACAGGGAACCAGAGUCAUGACGGUUGACGAAAUUGAACGGUGUUAAAUUCAGUGGUGGAAUGAUGUCCUAUUUCCUAACGAUCUGUGAGGUCUUUAACAGGAAAUAUGGUGGCAUCAUUUUAUAAUAGACUUCCCAUUACUUACAAUGUGAUUAUCAUUGGAAAAGGGGAGAUAACAAUGGCAUAUAUAGUGGUGAUAGAUUCAUGUGGUGUUCAGACAGACUCAUAUGAACAAUUUAUAUGUAUAAUGACAUCAACUCUGUUAUCUAAUCCAACGAUUUUGUAAGCUUGGCACAAGGUCUUUAAUAAAGCUUUUUUGUCAAUUUAUAAAUUACAGGUUUUCAUUAGUGUGGUACCUAAUACAGGAAACAGUGAUACAUACUUUUUGCUCGAUUGCUUAGUUACAACUCGGAAACUUUCUUUUGUCUCUGUAAAUAUCAAUUUUGUGUACAGAAAUGUUGUUUUCGCUCAGAUUUUUUUGUGAGUGUAUAUUUUUUUCUUUCCAUGAAUAUGUAAUAUUGAUUGUAUAUCCUUAAAAUGAAAAUGUAUGUAUAUAUGUGUUAAUUUCUUUUUCGAUUGGUUGAUUUUGUAAAUAAAAUGUCUUUUUUUUUGUCGUUUACUUGGCAGAUGUAACAUAUCACACAAUCAACUCGUCAGUUUCACUGUAAAUAAACAGUAUAUCAUCUCUCAGUUAAAACCUCCAGGAAUAUUAAUGUUAUUUAGAAACUGUUAUUUUUGUGCUAUCGAGUUGUUUCUGUAUUUGAAGACAGACCAGUUGUGUCUGUACUAGUCAUUUCAUUAUUUUUGAACACAAGAAAAGUGCUUGGCAUUUUGUAACAGAUGUUUAUAUAUAUUUUUUGUUUUAUUAAUAUUUUUUCUGACAAAGUCAUCUUUCUGUACAUUUGUAAAUAGUCUGGUGUUAUUUAAUGUUUUGAUUUUGUUUGUAAAAGAAUUAAACAUAUAUCUACUCUCUACUCUGGGUUUCAACAAACAUGGCCAAUGUUAAAGCAAGUCAGAGGUCUUAUCAAUGGUCUAAGCCUCACUUUGGAGUUUGGAUAUCUUUAAAAAAUAAAUUUCACUGCCAAGUAUAAGCUUAUUAUGUUAAUAGGAUACUGUUGUUUCCCAGUUGAUGGUAUUCUAAAGCAUAAUCCUGUUCAGUUUAAAUAUGAUGGGGCUGAUAGAUAUGCAGUAGGUUUGGUAAAUUUUCAAGCUUUAAAAUUGUUAUAUUAAAAAAAGUGAACGAGCGUGGGGUUUUGAUUAAAACAAAGAAACAUGGAUGUUAUAUUUAUUUUACAAAGAAACAUGGAUGUUUAGAUUUAUUUUACAAAGAAACAUGGAUAUUUAGAUUUAUCUUACAAAUCAAAUUCCAGUUAAGAUUUUGCAAACAAAAUCAUUGUUGUAUGUACAUAGCUGUAAAGAAUUUACUUUUGUAUGUUAGAAAAAUAAAUAUGUGUAUUGCUUAUUUCUCUGAAAACAAAAGGUCAUUUUGCAUAUAAAGUUUUUAGUGUUUUAUGUAUUAAGAUGUACUAUUAGUAAUACAAAUUUUGACCAAUCUGCAUUAGGGAGCAUAUGUUUAACUUAUUCAAGCUUUAAGCAUACAUGAUGUAUACAUUAAAAAGCCAUCAUAUAUUGAUAUGUGGUUUGCCCCAAUCAUGCUUACAGAAAUAGAUAUAUGAUCCUUAAAGCAGUGACUUCAUUCAGACCCUUAGGAUACUCUGCUUUUGGUUUAAGUGCUUUAUAUAAAUAUAAAAGCCAAUGUUUUUAAAUUAUUAUACUAGGGUUUGUUUUUAUGAAAAUGAAAAUGAAAGGUAAUGUUUCAGUAAAUAUGUGUACAUUUGGUAACAUUCAUCCUUAAGAUUAGUUCAUUUUAUAAUUUUUUUUUAUUGUCUUAAGUAAUUUUAGGACAUUCAAUAGAAAAUAGUCUAGUAUUGCAUGGGGAGGUAAAAACAAAAGUUUUAAAUGGAAUAACACAAUAGAAAGCCAUUGAUUUGACAUUUAGAUUAAGAUUAGUCAUCUAGUAAACAAAACCGUGAAAAUGUGAAAUGAUUCAAAAAUUUCUUCAUAAUAGUAUAUCACUAUUACAUUAUCAUUAGAAUAUGUGAUUUACAUGUAUAAAUAUGUGUUCAUAUGAUGAGAAUAAGUGAAUUCUAUAUGUUAUUGUUUUACAGUGCUUAAGAUUUAAGAACAUUCUCUUAUAGCGGUCUGUUCAAUUCUUUGUGAAUAAUUUUUCUAAAUAUUUUAGUGCUGUGUUUUAACAGUUGUUUUAUUUUGAUAUAUUUUUCUUGUGCUGAUGUGGAUUUUGAUUUUGUCAAAGGCCAAGCAAAUCAGAAGGUUUCUUCAAGCCCGUAGCCAGAAAUUUCGAAAGAGGGGUUCGUUGGUCUCACAAACUCGACUUUUACAGUCAAAAUUUGAACAGAACAUUGACUUUAACAGUGCUUAUUUGUUUUCAAGGGGGGGGGGGGUCGUUUGAACCCCCCCCCCCCCUGGCACGGGUAUGGUUUAUAUAACUUUUAAGCAGUUUGUUGCUAUUAUUAUUUAUUAUCAUCUAUCUGAAAUAAAUAAUUUAUGCAACUCAAAGAUUGGCUUCUUAUAGGGCCACUUGUUAUUUCUGUGAACAAAGACUUCCAUGAGUAAUUCAAAAUCAAUGAGGUUUUUUUUUAUAAGAAAAAAGGAUUUAAUGAGAAAACUUGAUUUUUAUAAAUUUGUUUGGCCUCUGAUAACUCUAAUUUUUGUGAAUGUCAGAAAUCUGAGAGAAAAUUAAUGAAAAUUGUUUGAAUUAUUCUUAUGAUCUCAGUUUUACAAAACAUUGCUUUUUCUAUAAAAUCUCAAUUUUAUUUAUAAGUUAUGAAAUUGACAAUGUUUUGAGGAAAUUUGCCUCAGAAGCAAGAGAUGCUAAAAGACAAACAACAACAGUUAUGACUUCUAACAAAAUUUAGAUUUUAUAGAAUAUUUAUCCUUUAUAUAAUGUUGUAAAUAUUAUUUUCCAAUACGUUCAUUUAUCAUUGUAUGAUUACUUUGUCUACAUAGGAAUUACACUAUUAUAUACAAUUUAUGUUACCAUACACUAGGGGCAUUUUCUGUAUUAACUGAUUUGAGUUAAUGUUUGAUAAAUUCAUUUUUCUUCUGGAAUGAGAGUAACAUAGACUAGUAAAAUUAUGUUUAAUUAAGAACUAUGUCUUAAUUUUACAAUUAAUUCUUGUUCUAAACUCUCAUUAUAGAUUUUCCCAUGAUUUCACUGUAAAUGAUGUUUUUUUCAUUUAAAAAAGUGUUUACUUGGAUCGUUUUUUUCAAACAUACUUUAAAAAAGUUAAAACCGUUUACAAUUCAGAGAGAUAAAUAAAGUAUUUCUUGGGUUAUCAUAUUAAUAGUCAUUAAUUGUUAUUUGUUUAUUUUGUACAUGUAUGUGUUGUCUAUAUAUUGCUCUGUUUUGUGUAAAUAAAAAUGUUUGGUGUAAUAAUUAGAAAUGAAUGUUUAUAAAUAGAAGUGGAUGUUUAUAAAUAGAAAUGGGUGUUUAUAAAUAGAAAUGUCAUACCUUACUGUUAUUCAAAUUGUUAAAUAUUUUUGUCUUCCCUUUUCAAAUCAACGUCAACUGCCCAUAAAUAAAUACUAAAAAAUAAAUGGCAUAUAAUAUCUGUGGUCGUUUUGUGCAAUUGAUAUACUUCACAUUAUAACAGUUCAGUAUCCCAUGCUAAUGUCAUUUUCAGUUUUGCACAUAUUUCUUUUGUAAUGGUAUAGUAAAUUCUUGUAAAUAGUGUGUAAAUAUUAAAAAAAAAUGUUAUAAACUUGAUGAUGUAAGAAUUUAUUUUCAUUUUCAAUAUUUACUGAGUGUCUCAAAAUGUCAUGUAGAAUUUUUUUCUUAGUGGACAAACCUAUUUAUGUUUUGUUGUGAUUUUCUCAGACUAUUUUGAAACAUCUGUCUUUUUUAAGAUAUUUUUUCUCUCUAAGUAUUUACCUUUCAGAUUAAAGGGAAGUACUGAAUGUUCAAAGGGAGAUUACUCAAUCAAAACAUUUAAACAACUUUUAUUAUUGCGAUAGCCGUCUCAUUAGCAUGGAUUGAAAGUUUUACAGAAGACAAAAUCUGUUGUUUUGACUGGAUGACUGGGCAUAUUUUAAUGGAAUGUAAUGGCCAACUUUUAAAAAAAAAUAAUAUUGUUUUCUGUUCAAUUCCUACCAAUUGUUGGACUAUAAAAACCAAGCAUGGUAUUGUUUCAGUGGAACAUAUUGUCUAAAACUUAGAUUCAGUGGAGUUCUGUGGGAGAGACAACAUGGUAUGUUUUUGUUUGUUAAAUACUUCACCAAAAUUAAAUAGAAUGGAACACUAGUAAAAAUUGGUUGAAAACAAGUUUAGGAGUAAAACAUGACACUUUGAGACACCCCUUUACUCAUUUUUUGUGAACUAUUGUGUGUUGUUUAUUUUGGUAGGAAAGGGUACACGAUUGUGAGAUUUUGGAAGGAAGUUGCAGAUGAAUGCGUCCAUGUAUAUGUGUGUAUGGUGUGUUUUUUUCUGUUUUUAUCAGAUAAUGUUGACAUAUCUAGUAUUACAUGUUAUAUUCAAAGUAAAUUUGUGUAUUUAUGAAAAAAAGUGCUUGCAAAUGUAAUUUUGUCUUUUAUCUUUUAUUAAAGUUUAAAAUGUAUAAAAAAAGGAAAAUCAAUAAAAUGUUCAAUUAGGGUAACUGUGUUUGCAGUAUUUUAUGAUUUUGAGUAAAUUUGUUGUUUUUAAAUCCACUGUUGAAGAAGGAUGGUCACAGUGCUAUAAGUAGAGUGUGCUAAAAAUUUGCUUUGGUAUUUGAUAUUGUAUGAGCCACUGGACAUUAAGCAGCCAACAAUCAAUGAAUGAUAUUAUUCUGAAAAUCAUAACUGUUUUCCAAUUUAAGACCAAAAAGAUCUUUCUCUUUUAGUUUACUCCUUGGUUUUGAUUGUUAUUGUCUAGUAGAGGUUAAUAUUGACUGGCGAGUGUUAGAAAAUAAAGUUUUCUUUGGAAAUAGAUUGAGGGCGACACAAAAAAAUCUUUUUGUAUUAGGGCAAUACCUAGCCAUUUACUGGGGGAAAAAGUGGUUAUUUCGUUCUGUAACUUUAUGUACUAAAUGCACACUAUAAAACUAAAGGCUGGUGUUUAAAUUACUUGUAAAUUUCAAUGAUGUAGAGUACUCCAUGACAUCAGAUAUAUUUCAACUGCAAUGGAAAGUUUUAUUUUAACUUCACUGCCAACAAAGAUAGAGACAUUAAAAUCCUUAAAACUAAAUACUGCAAGGAAGUUGUUUACACAUUUUGAUUAUUGUUCUGGUAAGAGUUAUAACGAUGGAAGGGUGGAUUUCUAUAACUGAAUGAUAUGAUUAAUAUUUAAUGUAAAAAUGUUUGUGUUAAAUUGGUGACUAGAAAAAAAUAAUUAUUCUGUAUGUUUUAUGCAAGUAGUGAAUUACAGUAUUAUUUCAUGAAUGGGUACUAUGUUUUUUUUUUAUCUAUUUAAAGUUUCUCUGAUACAAAGGGAUGUAUUAUACAUAGUUUAAUCUAUUAAAGAAAGGUUGUGUAUCCUAAGUUUCUUUCUUCCAGAGUUCUAUAUAUAUAUUUCCUAACAAACAAAAAUCUUUUUAUGGUAAAUCUGUUUGUAGAUACUGUGUGUCCUUAAGAGAUAGUUUUUGAAGAAAAAAAUAAAUCACUGCUGCUAAGUUUAUAAGCUCUCAUAAGCUAUAAAUAAAAGUGAAACAAAAUUGAUAAACCUUUAAUUUUUCGAAAGGACUAUUUUUACUGAUUUAGAUCUUUAGGCUGUUAUACUACUAUUUUGUAUUGACAUUUCUGUCCACAAAAACAACAAAAUUUGAAUUUCUAUAACAAUUUCUAUCCAGGGAAACAAUAAAAUUAAAGUUUCUAGAAGAAAAUUGAUUGCCUACAGUUUAACAGCAUUGAAUGUUAAUUUGUGGGAAAUUUAAAAAAUACAGCUAUUGCAUCUUUUAACUACAACUUUUGGGUGUCCUUUAGAAAAAUGUUCAUGAAAAAAUAGUCUUGAUAGCGUCUUAGUCUUCUGAGGCUUAGUAUUUUGUUUUGAAAGGAACAACACUUUCUUACAAGAAGUUUGAUUAAGAAAGAAGCUCUUAGUUGUGAUAUUUGUCUCAGGUUCAUGAUAUUGUCAUUUGUGUGCUUGGAUUGUGAAAAUAUGGAUGGAUGAUUGGUUUGCCUGGUUCAGUUCUUGUGAAGUAGGAGAAAAAAAUAUAUUCAAUAAAUUUUCACUUCCAUAUUGUGUUCCUUCUUCUCUAUGGUCGAGUUGUUGUCUUUUUGACGCAUUUCCCAUUUCUGUUCUACAUUUUAUUCCUGGUCAAUGAGGAGUAAGUUCAGAAGCUUUCAAUCUCUGUCUUAUUGUGUUUAUAUUACAUUAGAACGUGAGCAGAUUAAUUUAGAACUUAUACCCAAUGCAAAUAUGAAGAGUUUUAAAAUGUGUCAGUGAUAUUUAGCCUUCCAGUUUGCCUAUACUGUUCAAGUACUACAAAUCCACUUCCAUCUACAGAUAUAGGCUUAUUUUUAAGUAUUCGCACAAACAACUACUGCAUCACGUGUAGGAAAAUAAAAAGGGGCCAGAAUAAAAGAAUAAAGGAUCUUGACACAGAAAAUACAAGUCUGUUUCAUAAAAACAUUCACGAGGAAAACUCUUCCAAGAUUCACCUACUUAAGCUGCUGAAGUUAUAGUGUAGUAUUGACAAGGUGCAAAGAUAUCCUGCUCCCUGUUGUAAAUUUAGGCAACAGUUACAAUUUUACCAGCUUUUAGAUUUCUGCUUUUCUUACAAUGACCAUAUUUUAAGUGAAUAGUGUGGAAAAGGUCCUGGACAUUAUGUCACUAUUUAAAUAUUCAUUUGUUAAAUAAGAAAUAGUUUUAUUUUUCAUCCAGAAUAGAUAAACACCUGUCUAAUUUCAUCUUGAAUUUUCAUGGAUACUGACAUUUUAAAUUGCAAUGUUAGUGUAUGCAAAUACCAGAAAUGCUCGUCGCACCUAGAAAAUUAUAAAUAAAAAAAAAUGAAAAGAAGGGAGGUAAAUCAGGUUGAACAAAAAGGGAGAUAAAUGAGUAUUAAGUGUGGAGGUUAAUUUAUGGUGGCUAAUGGAACAAUAUAACAGCUAAUUAUUUCCUAAUGCUUGAAGAGAAAAAAUUUCGUAAGCUUGCCUGUUUUGUUUGUAUAAAUGUUUAUUUAAGCUAUUAAGAUUGACAUCUUCAACCAUAUAUAUGACAUAGUUAAACCUGUAUAUAUUAUAUUCAAAUUUAAUUGUACAAUAUACAAACUAAGCAGGCAAGCUAACCAAAGUCUAGCUCUACAUGCAUUAGGAAAUUAGCUGUAAGAAAUAUUUAAUCCCAGUUCAUUUGUGAACAUUCCUGUUGUGGACACUAAUACUUGUAUCUUAUUUACUGUAAACCAACUAAAUUUCGCGAGUGAUUUAUUUUCGCGACUUUCGCGAGUAGAAAAAUAACGCGAAUUAAAAUCGUCGCGAAAAUGUAUCACUUGGAUCUUUUUUAUUUGAACAACUCAAGUAAAUUAGAAAAUCGCGAAAUUAAAUAGCCGGGAAGUGGCCUAGAUAGUACCAAACGCGAAAUUAAAUAUCUGUGAAAAGAAGUUGGUUUACAGUAUACUGUAUAUUCAAUGUUUGUGUAAUAUUUUUUGAUAUCAUUGUAUACAAGGUGUUAAUGAUUAGUACAGUUGAUAAGCAGUAUUUUGGGAGUAAGAAUUUUUGUUAUUUUUGUAAACAUAGUAAUUGUAUAAUGGAUAUCUUUUUGUUUACUUCAGUAAAAACAGUGAGAUGAAAGAAAAAUGUCAUGUUGGAAACUUCUUGUAUAUGGUCAAUAUUUGAUUUUAAGUUGUUUUUUUCACUGAAAUUUUUAAUUUAUAUUUCUUCACAUCAUAAAAAAGAUAACACUAAUAGACUGAAAGAGUGUUUUGCCAAGUUAUUAGUUCAUAUUAGAAUCAAAAUUAGGUUGAGUUGAUGUGAAGAACUGAAACCUGGUUAUUUGUCAUGCCUCUUCCAAAUCUCCAUGGCAAGACUUUUGGACAUGCUGACCAUGGUGGAUUUGACAGUGGUAUCAGCAAUGUAUUAGUUAGUGAUUAGAUCAGUUUAAGGGGAACCCUUAGUGUAGUUCAUAUUUGUACUUCAAAUGAUUUCAUAGUUUACAUGCUAUUUAAACUUCAAUAUUUACAUUAUUCUAUCAAAAUUACACACCGGCACAACAUAUCUCUUGUUCAAUAGUUUUUUUAUUGUACUGGAGAGGAGAAAUGAAAUGAAAGGUCAUGUUUAUAAAUCACUGCUCCCUCGUAUCAAUUUGCUUUAUUUAAUUUUUUACUUAAAUAGCCUACCAUUGUUUACUGUUAGUGGAAGAUUAAAAGAAUUCCUUUUACCACAAAUUAUUAAAACCAUCUGCUAUUCAAGCAACGACGAUAUAUAUCAAUAGAUAUUUGUCCAGUUUUUUUCUAUCAUUUAAGUUUUUAUCCCUUUCCAAUACCAGAUGAAUAGCUUUAGGGUUCAGAAAGGGGGCACUUUACCAAGGGGGCACUACUGUGGAUUCAUUUAUUUUCAUGAGUACCAAUUUUCGUUGUUUAAAGAAGACUUGCAUAUUCAUGUAUAUUUAAUUUCGUGGUUUUGACAAAGUCUGCAUACUUUCCUUUAGAAAAUUUAUAAUUUGUUGAACAUUUAAAUUCGUGGUUCCCCUGUACUCACGAAAUCCACGAAAAUUGGUAUCCAAGCAAUACUAAUGAGUUCACAGUAUCUACUAUUGAUUAUGUGUUUAUAUUGUUUUAGAACAUUUCAAUCUUUAGCUGUUGUGUCUAUAGUAGACAGCUCCAUACACUGUAAUGAUUAACGUGAAGCUCGUUGAAUGGUAAGAAUUUUUUGGUGUAUAUUUUUGUUCACAUUUUUUUGAAUUGUAUUAUUGUACUUGACAAAACAGAAGUUGUAUUUGUCAUUUAAGAGCUUCUGACAAUUAAGAAUAAACAUAUUAAAUUGC